GUGUGCACUACGCUGUGCCAGUGUGUAGAGAGAGACAGCAGACCAUUCGCUUCAUCAUGUCGAUAUGUCUUUUGUGGAAAUAGCUGCUACUGUUCUAGCUGUGAUCAUAUUCUGUGGAUCAUUGUUCGACUGGUUUAUUCAUGCCUUAGCUCUCUCAUUUGGGAUUCGACACCUGUACAAGAAAAUUGAACUUUCACCAGAUGAAGAACUUCCUGGUGUUUCCAUCAUCAAGCCAUUGACAGGUGUUGAUCCUCACCUGAAAAGCAACCUAGAAACAUUUUUUAAAUUAAACUAUCCAAAAUAUGAAAUUCUUUUUAGUGUGCAAAGUGAAGAUGAUCCAGCCAUCUUAGUAGUAAAAAGUCUCAUAGAGAGCUACCCCAAAGUUGAUGCAAAGCUCUUCAUUGGGAUUCAAAUAGUUGGGCCAAAUGGCAAAGUCAACAAUAUGGUCAAGCCAUAUGAGGCAGCAAAAUAUGAUGCCAUCCUUAUCUCAGACAGCGGAAUCAAGAUGGGGGAAGGCACUCUCACAGAAAUGGUGGCAGAAUUAUCACCAAGCACAGGCAUGGUACUACAGAUGCCCUUUGUAUGCACCCGCAAAGGAUUUGCCUCUGUGUAUGAACAGGUAUACUUUGGCACCAUGCAGGCUCGAAAUUGCCUAAGUGCCAAUGCUGUGGGUGUUAACUGUUCCACUGGCAUGUCCUGUCUUUUGAGGCGUGAUGUCCUAGACAAAGCAGGUGGACUGGCAGAAUAUGGCAAAUAUCUUGCUGAAGAUUACUUUAUUGCAGAUGCUAUUCGCAAACAAGGCUAUAAGGUAGGGCUCUGUACAACACCAGCCAUGCAGAAUUGUGGGCAGUACUCCAUUGGACAGUUUCAUGACCGCCUGGUCAGGUGGGCUUAUCUGCGUAUGUCAAUGCUGCCAACCCUUAUCAUUCUGGAGCCUCUGUCAGAGUGUAUGGUGAUGGGCAUCUUUGCCUCCUGGGCUGUGCAGUAUUUAUUUGACUUCUCAGCCAUGGGCUACUUCCUCCUCCAUGUGCUUCUCUGGUUUCUUCUUGACUACAUCCUCUUUCGGAUCGUUAUGGGAGGUCCUUUACCCUUUUCCAAGUUUGAGUUCCUUGUGGCCUGGUUGUUACGUGAGACACUGUCUCCCUAUGUCUUGUUUAACUGCCAUAAAAACCAGACUGUGACAUGGCGCAGCAAAAAAUAUCGCCUUAAAUGGGGUGGACUGGUGGAUGAACCUCAAGUACAACCACAAAAGACAGUCUCAGUGGUAUAACAAACCUUGUGGCUCUUUUGUGUGUGUGGCAGGGGUAAACUAAGUGGCGCCAGAGCAUUUAAGAUCAUUUGCAUAUUUUUUACAAAUAAGUAGGUUGUGCAUCAUCAGACAUCUACAUUACAGCUUGCUUGGAUGUGCAGUGAAAUCUCACGUGGACAACUGGUUGCAACAAACUGGAUUUGUAUGGGUGUGUUUGGUUACAAUCAUCAGGGGUGGUUUGGUCAGUUGUGAUUGUCAAAGUGUUGGUGCUAGUUACCUUGUGAUGGUCUCCUUUUUGUGGCAUUAAGAAAAGGAGGAUUUUGUAAGUUUUUUCAAUCUCUUUGAUUAAAAAUAUGUCAAAUAUAUUACAGUAAAUUUACAGAAGAAACAGUUAACUGUUAGAUGAAUACAAAAGCAGUUUCUAAGUUUUAUUAGGUUAAAUGCUGUAGUUAACGUGAUCCUGAAAAAAAAGCUAAAAUUGGUGUAAUCUAGUAAUUGUGCAUGAAAAAUGCAGCUUAUACCUAUCUCUGUUUUAUGUAAAUGCCUGGAAGAUUUAUAUGCACAUAAAUCACAAUAUUAAAGAGAUAUGGAGGUUUUCUUUUAACUGAUGUUAGGGUAAGGAGAAUGGAAGUUUUAAAUAUUUUUGGUAAAGGCUAAUUGCCUAAUAACAUCUGGCUCUUGACCAUAAUGGUUUUCGUAGUCCCAUGUGUGUGUGUGCUUCCCGGCAUCCACCCCCUGACUUUCCCUUCCCCCCCACCCACCAAAACAAAAACAAAACAAGAAAAGUUGGAAUUGUCUAUGGUUUAGCUAUUGUCAGUUUCUAAAUACUGUGUUCGCAUACAAGAAAAGUGUGGCACACAAAUGCAUCUUUAAAAAAUGGAAAGUUUAAGUGUGACAGUCUUCUUACCUUAGUCCAAUGUCGCAAAGGAAACAGGUAUCAGCUGUAGAAGCAAACAUAUUUUUAAGAACGUGAGGUUUAAAAAAAAAUGUAAUUGAUUAAACUAUCUUAUAAAAAUGUCUUUGUUAAUAUUGGAAUAGAUAAACUGGUUGUAAUGGUGUUCCUGCUUAACAUUUACCAUUAAGUGUAUGGGAUUUCGGUGAAAAACUGUGCUAGUAUCACGUCAUUUGGCUUUCUUUGGAUUCUGUUUAUUUGGUACUUCUCAGGUGUGUCUGAUUGCUAAUCCUUUUCACUAUGAUGUUGACUUCAAAGAAAAAAACAAUUGAAACUAUGGUAGGGAAUGUGGGAAGCCAAGCCUAACUUCCUUGAUAUGUAUGACUUGUUAUGGUGUGGACUUUAGGUAAUUUAUCAUUUGCUGUGACCUGGGCAUUUUGCUCAGUUUAUUCACAUAGUUGUUUUUUAAAAUGAAGGUUGCUUUUUUUUUUCUUUUAAGCAGAUGUUUGAGAGAGAGAGAAACUGCUGAAUCAGAAGAACAAUAUGGUUCUGUUGUGAGCACAUUUUUUUCCUGACUGUUAAUGUUUCUGAAGUGCAGGAGGUUUGCAUCAGUUUAGUUGAAAUGAUGGUACAAGCACAGGUUUUAGUUUUGACACACAGGCCCAAGCUAUGAUAUUGAAAAAAAAACCAUUCAGGGUACAGUGACAUUUGUAUUUUUUGUGUUGCAGCCAUUCAGUCAGCGUUUAUUGGCUGCAUUUUAAUUUAUGUGUGUGUGUUUUUCAAAAGAAUCAGGGAUAUUUUACUCGUCAGUCUCAUAGUCUGCAGUGCGUGUUUUUCGUGGAUAUUUGUGUGCGUGACAAAACAUAGUGUAUUUUUUUUCUCUCUAAUCCUAUGGAUGACUGACAUGCUGAAGCUUUAGUUUGUUUGCAUGCUUACAGAAUGAGUGCAACUUUCAUCUCUGUUUAUGCCAGCACGUGUCUCCUUGCGUAAAUAAUAAACAGUGCAUUACAAUAUUUCCCAAACAUUUUACAUUUUUAAUUCUUGGUUUCCAUGAAUAUGCUUUCAUUAACAAAGAUUAAAAGAAGAACGUCCUUAAACAAAAAAUAUCAACUGUAAAGAAUAUUUAGAUAUGGGAACCAUUGCGGGAAUGCUUUCAAAGCAACUAACACUUCAGAAAGGCUUUGCAAUUAUUUUCAACAAAUGCAUAAUUGCUUCAGUCUUUGUCCUUACCAACAUUUCUAAAUUAAUUACUUACACCAUUCUAAAAUGCUAUUCUAUUAAUCGCCUUUAAUGCUACCACCCACCUAUCCACCCCCUUGUGGGUCUUUUGUCCACUUGCUGGCAUGCAGGAAGCCUGUUUUUAUUGCUGCAUGAUUAGAUUUACAAGUAUGGAGUUGAUGUGUGUUAUGUACAAGCGAGACAUUGUAAGUCCCUGAUGUUAGACAAUUUCCAUGCAUACUUCAGUGUAUUUCAAAAUGUAUUCUAGUCUUUGGGUAAUGCAAAGUAUUGGCUGUGUGCUCACUGAAGAAAAUCUCAUGAAUUGUUCAUCCUUGCUGUUCCCUGUCUUCUGUUCCUGACAGCUCUUUCAUCCUCUCCCUAGUGCACAUGGCUGCAGCUGUUUCAUCAUGCAUGUUUUUUUGAUAAUUUCCUUGUGAGCAAGUAGUAUUUAUUUGACUAUUCACCUUGUUUUUGAAUUGUUGAAAAUUUGCCUGAUUUCUUCUUGUCCUUCCCUCUCUACCACCACCAUGGAAGCUUGAUAAAUCCCAUUCACUUAUGAAACAUUUUUUAUCAUCCAUUGUUAACACGAUGGCAACCGGCGUUGAUGAUGCCUGAUGUGCAGGCGGAGACCAUGCAGUAGUGCAAUGUGAAUUAUUAUUCAACACCACAACAGUCAGUGGUUUUCAUUGUGUAUGCAUCCCAUAUUCUUUCCCUUAUAGAGCUUGCAGGAGGACUGGUAUUAACAGUACAGUGUAGCAAAGCAUUGCUGAGUCACAGCAUCGUAAACUGUCAUAGGUCAUCAACAUCUGAUACAAGUUUUAAUAUUGCAAGUUGUUCAGAAAGUUUCAAUAACAUUUUAUUUUUGUUGCAUUUGGUAAUGAAAAUUUGUCCUGUACAAUGACUUCAUUAGAUUUGUUGAAAGAAUUUUUAGAAUCUUUAAACAAAAAAUACAUAAAAAAAAAAAAUCAUAAUUUUGUGACAUUUUAGAAACGAAAUCUUCCUGAUAUUUUGAACCACCUGCAGUGCUGGUUGACUGCUUAAUUCUGACUUGUUUUAUUAUAACAUUUUUUUUAUGUAAAUGAAUUCUUAGUUUUAAAACGUUUGCAGCAAAGGUUUGAUGCCAAAGCAAAUCUCAUGCUUUGAGUAAUGAUAACCAUGUUGCAGUAAACAUAUUAGAGUUUUUUCCGCUUCCUUUUUCGGUGAAACCCACUCCUGGUUUCAUAGUGAAUAUUUCCUUUGCAUUCCCUUUAAGCUGAUUGUAGCUGCCUAUGGGCAUCCAUUUCUAACCAUUCCUCAGUGUUUCCAGUAUGACCUCAUCAACUUCAUACAGUACCUGAGAUGAGUUCUGCAGUAUCCUCUUUUUCCAAAGUGUUCAGUGAUGAGUUCAGGAAUAUUGAGUUGAGGUUUUCUUCUCCGUCUUUCAGUGGCUGCUCCUCAAGUAUGCGCUCAUAUUUUGCUUUUGCUGUUUUUCCUUCAGUUCUUUAGCUCUCCUCCAACCAUACAUCCUGGUACUUCCACCCUCUCAUUCAUCAAAUGAGGUGGUAUCAAAACUGGCAAAUUUGUUUUAUGUAAACAAACAUUUGUGAAACUUAACUCCCCAGUACUCAUUAUAUGGCUUCCAAAAGUGAAUCGUUGCUUAACCUUCUUCCUUCUUCCAGAUGCUUUGUUAAGGCCUUGGAACAGAAGUGCCAUUGACAAUAGUUGUAUCUGUGUCUGACAGUUACAGUGAAUUUAAAUUGUAUUUGUUUCUGUCAAGAGCAAACUGUUUGAACUCAUGAAUUGAUGAAGCUAUGAAAUUGUCUGAUAAGUAUACAGUUUUUUUGGCAAAGAUGCAUAUGAAUGUGUAUGCUUUCCAGACCUUUUUUUAACAAAGAUAUGUAACCGCUCAGCAUUUUUGCUGAUCUGUUGAAUUCUUGAUAGAACGCUAUUUACCCAAAGGGGCUUGGCAGUUUAUUCAGUGCUAAUGUUAGACAAACGGGCGUGGCCAUGCCUGGCGUGAUGUGAGGUGCCAGCACCAGACUUUGCAUGUCUUUUACUUUUAUUAAUUUAGCGCCAGCUAGUCUGUACUAACUGAAGGGCCAAGGUCCUUCACUCUCAACGGGCAUGUUGCUGAGAAGGCAGCCAUCGUUGAACGCCGCGCUGGCUUGCUUCCUGCCAUGACGCAAUAUCCGUUGACGUUCAAACUUUGAGGAAGUGUCCUAGCUGUAACGGAUAAACAAGGAACCUGUGCACCAUAUCUCACAGGGGAUCAACACCGAAUUGCGACUCUGCUAAAAAUGUGGUCAGACGUGUUGUAGCGAUUACAGGACUCCGUGCGCACCUUCAUUGCACCCCUCCCCAUCCGGGCACGACCUGUCUUGGACCGGUGUUUGACGACCUAGCAUUGUCCACACCUGGUGCUCGACCUUGGUGUUAACAGUGCUCAGCACCCUACACUGUGGUGUGCAGAUCAAGGUGCUGUCAGGUGUAAACUGUCAGACGAAGUGACAAGCCCACACUGUAAAUCACUCGGGGAUCGUGUCGUGAAGAGGUGGUGGUUAUCCCGCUACAGCUGUUUUGCUUCCCAUGUAGUCUUGUUGACUGUCUUCUUGUCUCGACAUUUUAACAAUAAAUGUGACCUUGCUCAUUA